CCGACAGAGCGGAGCUUUCAAGCCUUCGCUGGUUUCUCCUCCCCAUUAACGGCGGCGGCGGCGGCGGCGGCUCGGGACCAUGGUGCUCGACUUGGACCUUUUCCGCGCCGACAAAGGCGGCGAUCCCGAGCUGGUGCGUGAGACGCAGCGCAAGCGCUUCAAGGACCCGGCUCUCGUGGACGCACUGGUGGACGCCGACGGGGCCUGGCGGAGAUGCAGAUUCCGUGCAGACAAUCUGAACAAACUGAAGAACUUGUGCAGCAAAACUAUAGGUGACAAAAUGAAGAAAAAAGAGCCGGUGGGAAAUGAUGAUCACAUUCCUGCAAAUGCACAAAAUCUUGAAGAACUCACAGCAGACAUCUUAGUAGGUCUUCAAGUAAACCAAAUAAAGAAAGUCCGCUGUCUAAUUGAUGAAGCGAUACUGAAGUGUGAUGAAGAGCGCUUGAAGCUGGAAGCAGAGCGGUUUGAGAACCUCAGGGAAAUUGGAAAUCUCCUUCACCCUUCUGUGCCUAUCAGCAAUGAUGAAGAUGUAGAUAACAAAGUGGAGAAGUUAUGGGGAGAUUGCACCGUGAGGAAAAAGUACUCUCACGUGGACCUGGUUGUCAUGGUGGAUGGCUAUGAGGGUGAAAAGGGAGCCAUUGUAGCUGGAAGCAGAGGAUACUUUCUCAAGGGUCCCCUGGUUUUUCUAGAGCAAGCUCUCCUUCAGUAUGCCCUGCAGACGCUGUUCAGCAAAGGAUACACCCCUGUUUAUACCCCCUUCUUCAUGAGAAAAGAAGUAAUGCAGGAAGUGGCCCAGCUAAGCCAGUUUGAUGAAGAGCUCUACAAGGUGCUUGGUAAAGGCAGUGAAAAGAGCGAUGAUAGCACCAUUGAUGAGAAAUAUCUGAUUGCUACAUCUGAACAGCCCAUUGCAGCUUUGCACAGGGAUGAAUGGCUGAAGCCAGAGGAUCUGCCCAUCAGAUACGCUGGGCUGUCUACCUGCUUCCGCCAGGAAGUUGGCUCACAUGGCCGUGAUACUAGAGGCAUUUUCCGGGUGCACCAGUUUGAAAAGAUUGAGCAGUUUGUCUAUGCGUCACCUCAUGAUAACAAGUCUUGGGAGAUGUUCGAGGAGAUGAUUGCAACUGCUGAGGACUUCUAUCAGUCUCUGGGCAUCCCUUAUCACAUUGUGAAUAUUGUUUCAGGCUCCUUGAAUCAUGCUGCCAGUAAGAAGCUGGAUCUGGAGGCAUGGUUCCCGGGUUCGGGAGCUUUUCGUGAACUUGUUUCUUGCUCAAACUGCACUGACUACCAGGCACGUCGGUUACGGAUCCGCUAUGGGCAAACCAAGAAGAUGAUGGACAAAGUGGAGUUUGUACAUAUGCUCAAUGCCACCAUGUGUGCCACAACACGCACUAUCUGUGCUAUUCUGGAGAACUAUCAGACGGAGGAAGGAAUUGUUGUACCAGAGAAAUUAAGGGACUUCAUGCCACCAGGGCUGAAAGAAAUGAUAAAAUUUGUGAAACCUGCUCCUAUCGAUCAGGAACUGUCCAAGAAGCAGAAGAAGCAGCACGAGGGAGGCAAAAAGAAAUCAGCUGAUGGCGACUGUGCUCUGGAAGGGAAGAUGCAGAGCAUGGAAGUGAACAGUCCCUGAAGCAGCUUCUCAUGGUGCUUUUACUGAUGUUGCACUGUUAAGUGUGUAACACUGAAGGGGGCAGGUUGGUCUUGGAUAGGAAUUGCUGCUUCAUCUCGUCCCUCCGAUCACCAUGUGCAAGUUACUUUUUCAUCUUCGCUUCUACCCUCUGUAGCACUGGAAGGUGACACUUCAUACAUUGGCUAUGAGAAUCCACUGGUAUUUAUCUGCACUUUGAAUGUGGAAAGCACUGCAGGUGGCCAGCUAUUUCCCCAGCAGUUAUGUUAAUUAUCUGCUCAAGCCCCUUGUUGCAAAUCCAAGAAGAGGGAACAAAGUGCUGCAUAAAGUUCAUUUACUGAAAAUCUCUGUAUAGCAGAAACAAGAUGGGGGUAAAGCACUGAUCAAAAGGGAAAAUAAGUACAGACAUGUCUGUAAUGUUGCUGUCAAGAUGGUCUUUGCAUAAUCAUAGGAUUUUAUCUGAUUUAAUGGGAAUAAGUGAAUAAAACAGUAAAAAUGGA